CGCAUUAGCGGUUUAAGAGAGGUUCGUGGGCUCGAAAUCUUAGGCCCGUUGGUUUAAAAAAAAAAGAAAAAUUCGAUAAGUUUGAUGAAACGGGCCUUGCGCAUGAACCCGUAAGGGGCGGAUGUUGCCACGCGGCGUACGCUGGUUGGUCAAGCGUUCCGCGUUGACGAGGAGGAAAGUCGGGCCACGUCUUGUUUCUUCUCAUUUUCCACUUUCUCUGAAAAACUAGGGUUUCACCGUGAGAGGCGACUUAUCGUGCGACGACGAUUCCCGGCGUUUUUCUCGACGUAAUCGACGACGUCCUCUUCUCUCCACCAGCGUAGGUGAGUUCCUUGUAGGUUUAUAGCUUUAUUGGGUCGAUUUUGGGGUGGGAAGCAAUUAUUCGAUUUUGUAAAUUUUUUGGGGGUUUCGAGUUAGGGAUCUAAAUCGUCAUAUGGGUUUCGAUCAAGGGUUGUAGAUCGUGAUUGUUUUUUGUUUUUGGGUUAUUUUUGCAGAGAUUUGAAAUCCAAUUACGGUUUCGUUUUAUGGGUGAGUGAUGGGUUUAUAAAUUGAGUGAUUGGUUUCGUUUUAUGGGUUAAAUGGAGUGAUAGGUUUAUGGUUGCAGAUCGUGAUAGUGGUUUACGAGUAAUUAUUUAACAAAAUAUUGAUUUAUUUGACAGAUGGAUCCGGAAGAAGAUAGAAGUCAUUCAAAGAAGCAACAUGAACACAUCAACAUGUUAAGUUUCGUGGCGGAUUCUGAGUACGGUAUUCCUAAAAGGUGUCCGUGUGGUGGGAGACUCAUAAACGAGGUGCGCGGGGAGGAGGACUACGACACUCUUCCUGGGAAGCGGUUCUUCACCUGCAGAAACUACGAGGCUGAUGGGCUCCAUUAUCGUCAGCCUUGGGUGAUAGGUGUGCAGGAGGAGCUCGAGAGGCUAACUAAACGGGUGGAAGAGGCUGAGGAGGUGAUGCUGGGGGUGUCCACUCUUAGUAAACGGUUUGAGAGACUUGAGGAACAGGUUAAUUCACUCAAUGAGGCUGUCUAUGACCUCACUGUGCAGGUCCAUUCCCUCGAGAAGGUCUGCUUCGAUUGACAAUGAAAGGUUAGAGUCAGCUAAACUAUAUCUAGGGUAAUUGUUAUCUGUGGAUUGAAGUAGACGUAGGAGUAGAAGUAGAACAAAAGUAUAACUAUUUGUAGAACUAGAAGUAGACAUAAACUAAACUAGUACGAGAACUAGAAGUACAAGUAGAUAUUAAUUGUUGGUUGGUUGGUUGCUGUGAUUAAUGUUGAAUUGUACUUAGGUUGGUAGAGAUAGUUUAAUUUUCUCUCUUUUGAAACGGAAAAUACCCUGUAUUUUCGCCUGAUUUGAUGUCUAUUGACUGCUCAUUACUAUGUAGUAGUUCUGUAAUGAAUUUUGGUUGGUAUUGUUAGUUAAAUUUUAUCUCUUUCCACACGUAAAAACUUGUUUAAAAACAUAGUAACUCCACCCUAAAAAUUUACAGAUACAUCUUAACACAAAACCAAAACAAAAACCGGUAACCCUCAAACCAAAACCAGAACACAAAACCCUCAAACAUGGAACCUUUUUCCCUUCACGGUCCCGGGUUUGUUAACCUAUUAGCUUCGCAGAGCAGUAGUCCAAUAGACGUUGACUCUGCUGAGGCUGCAGUUAACUCACCCGGGUUAGUUAAACCACCGGAAAGGAGAAAGUGGACAACCAAAGAAGACCUUGUACUGAUCAGUGCUUGGUUAAACACCAGCAAAGAUCCGAUAGUUAGUAAUGAACAGAAGUUAGGGACUUUUUGGAAGAGAAUUGAGGCGUAUUUCAAUUCUAGUCCUCAGCUCAUUGGCUCCCUUCCUCGAGAGUGGGGUCAAUGUAAGCAGAGGUGGGGAAGGGUGAAUGCAGAGGUCUGCAGGUUUGUGGGUUCCCAUGAAACGGCUCUGAAGGAGCAAUCGAGUGGGCAAAGUGAAAAUGAUGUCAUGAAGACUGCGCAUGACAUCUAUUUCAAUGACUACCAUCUCAAGUUUGCGCUUGAACAUUGCUGGAGGGAACUCCGGUUUGAUCAGAAGUGGAGGUCACACUCUCAGCCGAAGGAGAAAAGGAAGGAAGGUGGUGCGGAGGCGGUGCGUGAGGAGGAAGAGGUUAGGCCUCCUGGUGUUAAGGCUAGCAAAGCUGCUAAAUGCAAGAAGCCAAAUGAAGCAGCUUAUGAUCAUAUACAUACCAUCCUAGCUGAGAAAAAUACCAUUUCCAGACAAAAGAUCCUUGAUCGUUUGCUAGCCAAAAACAUAGACACACUUUCUGAUAAUGAAGUGGCUCUCAAGAAUAAACUCAUCUCUGAAAUGCUUUGAUGUCUAUUGUGUGUAUUUUCUUGCUUUGCUUGAGUAGUUGAUGUGUAUUUCCUUGCUUUGCUUUACUGAUUAUGUUAGCUUUUCUUCUGCAGGUCACGGGUUGGAGGUGACAGUGUUGCAGGUCACGGGUUGGAAGUUUAGGUUGUUGCAGGUCACGGGUUAUGUUUCUUUCUACACUGCAGGUCAAUCAUGUACUAUGUCUAUGUAUUUUGCUAUUGUUGUAACUCUGAACUUGGUUCACGGAUGUACUGAACUUGAUUCACGGAUGUACUAUGUUGUAACUCUAUGUCUCUCUAUUUAAAUGAUGUCUCUACUCUCUGCUUUUUAAUCAAAGUGAUCUUCUAUUUCUUCUCUUGCUAUUGUUUCUCUUCUGUGUGUUGCUCUUGUUUGUCUUGUUUAUUUCAAAGUGAUCUUCUAUUUCUUCUCUUGCUCACGGAUGUACAACAUACAACAAACUACAACAACUAAAUUCAAACAACAAAAACCUACAACAAACUACAACGUAAAGGCCAAUGACCUGGCUUGUGGCAAUGGAAGCAAUCACCAGUUCGCAUGGCUAACCAAGGAGUGAAGUCCGUGACCAACAAACACACAUACAAGAGCAACUACCUUCAACAACAAACAAGAGCAACUACCUUCAAGAUUGGUAAGAAAAUAUGGUUGUAGAAUAAAAUAUGGAUGAAGAAAAAAUUGGAUUCUUUAAAAAAAAUGGUUUAUGAAAAUUAGAAAGAAUUUUAGUUAAAAUAUAAUAUGAUUGAAGUUAAAAAUUGGAUGCUUAAAAAAAUAUGGUUGUAGAAAAUUAUAAAGAUUUUUAGUUAAAAUAUAAUAUGAUUGAAGUACAAAAAUAGGAUUCUUAAAAAAAAAAUGGUUUAUGAAAAUUAGAAAGAAUUUUAGUUAAAAUAAAAUAGGAUUGAAGUUAAAAAUUGGAUUCUUAAAAAAAAUGGUUUAUGAUAAUUAGAAAGAUUUUUAGUUAAAAUAAAAUAGGAUUCUUAAAAUAAAAUAUUAAAUUACAAAUCCCCUUUUGUCAUGUUAGGAAGAAAACAUCAACAAUGUCAUCCUCAUCAAGUGAUGAAGUUGAUGAAGCUAUAGAAGAAAUGGUCGACGAAGUAGUUGAUAAUUACAUCGACUCAAUAGUUGAGGUCCAAGGUAAGAAGCCAAAAAGACGUGCUUAUAUCGACAGAGAUCGGGAACAAGGAACAAGGACACAAUCAACUAUGGAACGAUUAUUUCAAAGAAAAUCCUACAUACCCACCGGAAAUGUUUAGGAGGCGUUUUCGAAUGAACAAGCCAUUGUUCCUUCGCAUUGUCGAACGUAUAAGUAAUGAAGUUCCAUACUUUCAGCAAAGACGAAAUGCUCACGGGAGGAACGGGCUAUCUGCACUUCAAAAGUGUACGGCAGCUAUACGUAUGCUGGCAUAUGGUCAAUCGGGAGAUACAUAUGACGAAUAUCUCCGACUCGGUGACAGUACAUCACGUUUGUGUUUGGCAAAUUUCACGGAUGCAAUAAUAGAAUUGUUUGGAAAUGAGUAUCUACGAAAACCUACAGCCGAGGAUCUUCAACGCUUACUCGAUGUUGGAGAGGUACGGGGGUUUCCGGGGAUGAUAGGCAGCAUCGACUGCAUGCAUUGGGAGUGGAAAAACUGCCCAACGGCUUGGAAAGGUCAGUUCACACGUGGUUCAGGAAAGCCGACAAUUGUCUUAGAAGCCGUGGCAUCACAAGAUCUUUGGAUAUGGCACGCAUUUUUCGGCUUACCAGGUACCCUCAACGAUAUCAAUGUUCUUGAUCGGUCCCCUGUUUUUGAUGACAUCUUACAUGGUCGAGCACCAAAAGUUAAGUUCAAGGUCAACAACCACACUUAUCGUAUGGCCUACUAUCUUACUGACGGAAUUUAUCCAAACUGGUCAACAUUUAUCCAAUCCAUCCCACUUCCUCAAGGUCCUAAAGCCGAGAAAUUUGCAGAAAAGCAAGAAUCCGCCAGAAAAGAUGUCGAACGGGCUUUUGGAGUAUUGCAAUCGAGGUUUGCAAUUGUUAAAAACCCAGCUCUCCAAUGGGACAAGGAGAAGAUAGGAAAGAUCAUGAGAACUUGUGUCAUAUUGCACAAUAUGAUAGUAGAGAACGAACGACACGGAUACGCUCAAAUUGAUACUUCUGAGUUCGAGUCCGGAGAAUCAAGCAGAACUUCGAGGGUGACAAGGAGAGAAAGCAUUCAUGUCGGUGAUAUGUUAGGCAUGCGCAGAGAAGUUCGAGAUCCAGAGAAGCAUGCUCGUUUGAAAGCUGAUUUGAUGGAAAAUAUAUGGCAAAAGUUCGGUGAUGAAGAUGAAUAAAUAAGUUAUGUAUGUUAGAAAAAUUUCUCUUUUAUGUAAUGUACUUUUAAUGUAUUGAAUAAAAUGUUUUCAUAAUUUUAAUAAUAUGUUUUAAUAUUUUAUUCAUCUUUUCUGAAUAUUUUAAAUUUUUUUUAAAAAAAUUAAUAUUAUUAUUUUAUUCCUAUGAACUCCUUCAUCGGGUUCACUAAUGCAGAAAACAGCAUAUCCAAGUUCAUAACUGUUCAUGGGCCCACGAAAAAAUAAUAAAAAAUGUUGGUGAACCCCAAAGAGGGGUUCACCAAUGCUCA